AUGCUAAUGCCGAAGGACAUGACAGAGAAGGAACUUCCAGAAGAAUCAUGUGAGCUGGAAGCCGCCGCAGUCCUCCCAGAGUCCUGCCUCCAACAUCUGGACAGCAGCAACUGGAAAGAACGCAUCUCCUGCCUCGAGGCCCUGGAGAAGGCCGUAGAAGAGAUGGAGAACCAUCAGAUACCCUGCCAAGCGUUGGUCAGGCUGCUCCACAAAGAGCCCGGCUGGAACGAAACCAAACUCCAAGUGAUGCAGAAGAAGCUACACAUCGUCACCCUCAUCGCCCGCAAAGGCAACUUCUCCAGAACCUCCGCUCGCUUCGUCUUGGGGAACCUGGUGGACAAGAUCGGCGACGUCAUCUGCAGCAGCGACACCAAGGACGCCCUCACGGCAGUGGCCGAGGCCUGCGGCUUGCCGUGGACGGCCGAGAAAGUGACCGAAGCUGCUUUCUUGCAAGACAGCCCAAGAACUCAUGCAGAAACCCUGAACUGGCUCUCUGAAGCCAUCCGAGAUUUUGGUUUCGAUGGCCUGGAAGCCAAAAUGUUUGUCGGCUAUAUUAAGGUUUCCUUGUCCGCGGCCCACCCGGAUGUGAGGACCUCGGCUUUCAACCUCCUCGGCGUGAUCUUCCUCUACGUGGGGAGCCCACUGAGGGUCUUCUUUGAGAACGAAAGACCCCUUGUUCUGGCCCAGAUAGACGCCAGAUUCGAACAGCUGAGCGGCCAAAGCCCCCCGCCUCAAAUCCGAGGCCGCUGCAGGUUCUGUCGAAACUCUGCCAAUGAGCAGCAGGGAGGAGACGCCCAACCCUACUGGAAGAAGAACACGGUGGACCUCAGACAGAAGAUCUCCGCAGAGCUCAUGUCCAAAAUGCAGGACCCCAGCUGGAAGGUGCGGAAGGAAGGGCUGGAGGAAGUCUCCAAGAUCCUUAGCGACAUCACGUCCAUCCAACCCAACCUGGGAGACCUCCCACUGGCCUUGAAAGCUUGCCUGCACGACUCCAACAAAGCUCUGGUGAAGCAGACCUUGGUUGUCCUGCAGCAGCUCGCCAAGGCCAUGGGUCCCGGGUUGAAGCAUCACGUCAAGACCCUGGGAAUGUCCAUCCUGGCGGUUCUCAAAGAUAGCAAAAGUAGCUUGAGGCCCAUGGCUCUUACCACCAUCGAGGCUUGGGCCGAGCAAACCGGCAUGAAAGAAUGGCUGGAAGGAGAUGACCUCUUCACAGAUCUGAAGAAGGACGUGGUGUCUCCCAAACAGGGCUUCCUGGGCUGGCUGGUGGAGAAGCUGCCGUCUUCCAACUCGGCUUCUUCGGACCUUCUCCGUUGCGUCCCUCACCUCUAUUCGGCCUUGGAGACUUCUCACGAGGAAACACGCACAGCUGCCCAGGAGGCGCUGCCGUUUUUCCUUCUUCACCUUGGCAUUGAGAAGAUGUGUGAAGCUACCAGCAAGCUGAAGCCAGCUUCCCGGGAACAGAUCCUUGUCCUCUUGGAAAGAGUCAAAGAAAGCAGAUCUUCCAAGGCUACCCUUAGCUUGUCGAGGACCCUGUCCAAGCUCCCACGAGGCAAGUCUUGGUCCAGAUCAGAUGUGGCUCCUCCUCCACCAGGCCUACCGGCUCCUUCCUCCUCGAAUGAAAAUGUUGGGUCCAGCGAGUUGAGCGUGGACGUCCGAAAGGCCAUCUCAGAAGGAACUGUUCCCAAAACCAAGAGAUGCCCAGCCACAAAGUCCUCAACCAAAGUCGCCUUAAAAGAAAGUCCCAGCAAGCUAGGCCCCAUUUUUAUGAUUGUCCCCAAAGGCAAAGAGCAAAGGGCCAAGGAGGAGAAGGCUCUGAAAGUUCUCAGGUGGAACUUCAGCACCCCAAGCAGCAAGUAUAUCGAGCAACUCAAAGCUCAGAUGUCCGGCUGUCUCUCCAACUGGCUGCAAGAGGAGAUGUUUCAUUCCAACUUUCAGCACCACAUCAAAGCGUUGGCGGUGAUGUCCAAGCGCUUGGAGAUCGAGAAAGAUGGGGUCCUCAGCUGCCUGGAUCUCAUCUUGAAAUGGCUCAGUCUUCGGUUGUUUGACACCAACACUUGGGUCCUCAUGAAGACUCUGGAAUACCUUCAAAGACUCUUCCAUCUGCUCAUGGAGGAGAAGUACCAGCUGACGGAUAAUGAGGUGUCCUCUUUUCUGCCCUACCUUCUCCUGAAGCUUGGAGGAACCAAGGAAUCCAUUCUCAAAGAAGUCCGGGCAAUUGUGAAGCAGAUGUUCUUCAUCUAUCCGUCCUUCAAGACGUUUUCUUUUCUUCUCGAAGGAGCCCAGGCCAAGAACACCAACCAACGGGUAGGAUGUCUGAAAGAGUUGGGAUGGAUGCUUAAGAAAUACGGUCCAGAGGUCUGCCAGCCCAACCCCAGCAAAAUUCUGAAAACUCUCCUUGUCUUGACCGGAGAUUACAACAAUGCGGUCCAUACAGCUGCUCUGAAGGUCAUCGCAACUGCACGGGAUGUGUUUGGAGUAGAAACAUUUCGGGUCAUUGGGAAUAUCUCGGAGAAACAUAUGGGCCUUUUGGAGGAGAGCAUCCGAGAGGCAGAAGCGAUGGCUGUCCGAGAGGAAAAAGUGAAAACACAACUCUCCAAGUCUUGUGUAGAAGGUUCCAGGCAGAAUGUCACACCUGAAAAUCAGACCGAAGAGGACUAUUCAGAUUCCGUUCAAGAGCAGGAGAACAUCAAUCAGGUGGACACCUCCCCAAAUCCCAAACCAGCAGCUGGAGACCUACCAGGGAUGGAUAUGGAGCUUCGGGCUGAGAAUAGGGUCUCACCUAACAUCAAUAUGAUAAUUUGCCACGUGGCUAGUGGUAGCAUUGUCACAAGUACAGAGGCCUUAGUCCAGAUUCAGGAGAUUCUGGAGCAGGAGGACAACGUGGAACUCAUGUCUGGCCACAUCAACCCGUUUCUGAUAGCCACCCUCCGGCAGAUGAAGUUCAUCCACCAUCUCCACGUCACGGCAGAAGAAGAAGCACGGAAGGAACAGGUGGUCGAGUUUUAUCACUCCAUCACUUGCAACCUGGUGUCCCUCUUCCAGGUAGACAUCUUGGCCCAGGAAGCUUCUGCUGGAGUGCUGAAGGACCUCAUCAGUUGCCUCAUCAGCUUCUUGUUGGAUUCUCCAGUAGAAGAGCUUCCAGAAGAGCAAUCCACUAAACUGGUGGUAAUGAAGGUUCUGGAGAAAUCCAACCAGACCAGAAUCCUUAGUUCUUUGCUUCUGCUUCUCCAGGAAAGCAUGACCGCUUCGGCCAACCUCUUCGCUUUCUCAGAAAUGGUGGCCAAGUGCUUGUGGAAAACGGCCAAGAGGCUUCCCCAAACCAUCGACAGCAUCUACCUAGACCAGAUCCUGUUGGAUGUCCACCUAUUUAUGAAGGUCCUGCCCAAGGAGAAAUUAAAGCAAUAUCAGAGCAGUUAUCCACUGCGGGCUCUGAAGAUCCUUCUGCACACCCUUUGCAAGCUGAAGGGCGAGGAGAUCUUGGAUCAUCUCACGCUGAUCGAGGACAGGGGAGACUCCGAUUUGGAAGCCAACCUCAGGAAAGUUCUCAGCCACUUUGAGGGAGAGCCUGGCAUGGACAGAGAGUCGGGCUCUUCUUCUCUAGCCCAGGAUGAAGUCAACCAAACGUUGGCUGAGAUUUUCAAGAAGAUCAACUCCAAGGAAACCGCCAGGGCAGGUCUGGAAGACCUCCACGAAUUCAAGGAGAAGCAUCCCGAAGCUGAUUUAGAACCUUACUUGAAAAACUGUUCCCUUCUCUUCCGGAGUUACGUCAAACACGGCUUAGCCGUUAUAAUGUCCGAGAGGGAAAACAAACCGAGAACCAACAUUUUGUCCGAGAACGUUGGGUGA